CUUAAUCAUGCAUGUACAUAGAGACACAUACAUAUAUAUUGGUGAGAGUACGUUUUAAUGAGAAGCUAAACCUUUUCAUUCGUUGACUAUACAUUAUUAUCUCUAUAGAGUGAAUCAGCCAUGGCUUGUACUUCAUCAUCUGGUGCACACGUGCGUUCAACAAGCUGGUCCGAAGACGUUAAUCCUCUGUCUCGAGCCAUCGAAGAUCAUCUUCUGUUACUAAAGAAAAGACCAGAGUCCGCUCGUCGGAAACUUGGAGUUUUAAAGAAUCUGUACGAGGUUGUCGAAGUUUUCCUCCGUUUUCAAACGACUAAAACUCAAAAGUCUUUCACAGGAUUUGAAGAUGUUUCUGACGGAUUCAUCGAGGUUCUUGAUAUCUGCAGCACGAUCAGAGACGUUCUGAUGGAGAUAAAGGAACAAGUCAGGGAACUCGAAUCAAGCUUGAGGAGGAGAUUGAUCAGAAGCAAGUCAGGAGAAGAUCAAGAAGCUUUCGUGGCGCGUGAGACAGACGCGUACGUGUUUAAGAGAAGAGCACUGAGCAGAACCAUCGUCAAACAAUUGAAGAAAACAGAGGAGAAGAUGAGGAAGAGGAAGAGAGAUUGUGGAGAUGUCAUUAAUGUAAUGAAAAGAGUUGAAAAGACCAGCUUUGAUGUUUUGGUUUCUUUGUUGAUUGAGGUAGUGACGAAGGAUCAGAGAGAUCAAAAGAAAGGAUCAAGGAGAGGAAUUGUGUCGAGGAUUUUUAAUAAGAAGAAUCAAGAAGUUGAUGUGGAUGAGCUGAAGAAGUUGAGAGAAACAGAACAUGAGAUUGAAGAAACAGAGAAAGAGUUGGAGUGUGUGUAUAAGAAACUGUUGAAGACAAGAGUUUCUUUUCUUAACAUGCUUACUCUUUGAGAUUGUAUAGAUGUAAUUUUGUUCAUUGUGAAGUAUUGUUGGCUUUAGUUUAGGCAAAGUCUCUCAGAUCAUAUUGAUCUUUAGAACUUGUAAAACUUUGUGUGCAGCGUUCUUAAAUCAUAUUCAAACGAUUACUUGUCAAGAAUACGAGUUC